GUAUAUAUAUAUAUAAUUGAUAGUUAAGAAGAAUGACAUGACAAUAUUUUAUUUUAAUAAAUUUGCAAAAAUAACUGUGAAACAUAUUAAAUAUUCUUGUUAUAUUUUGCUUUAAUAUUCUAAAGUGACAAUAUGUUUCAGAAUCAUGAAUGAAUAUAUACCUGUCUAAAGUUACAUUAUGUGUACAUAGUUUUCGAUCGCUGAUAGAAACACUUUUCUAGUGCUCUAUGUAACCUACAUGAACUACACUCGGAUUCGUAAUUACGUGUAUAUUAUUUUCAAUCAAUAUUUUACUAUAACGUUUUCUUUCUUCUGAUUCUUCAUCUCAAUGGCAAACCAAUAUGACAAGUUAUCGUGGAAAGAAGUACGAGACUUGUUUAGAACAUGGAGGGAAGAUGGUGAACGACGGAGUAGAGAUGUUGUAGAUUUAUGGAAAACCAAAUUGAUGGCUAAAAUUGAUCAGCUUGGAAAUGAAAAGUACCUGGUUCUGGAACAAGUUUGUAUAGCAGCAUUGGAUUGCUAUCAUUUUUCUUUAGCCGAAUAUUGUAUUAAGAUAUUGAAGAAACAGUUUCCUAGUAGCUUAAGGGUUCACAAAUAUCAUGCCAUGCACCUGGAAGCAUUGGAAAUGUAUGAUGAAGCACUAGAAGUGCUAGAAUCUAUUAUUAAAAGAGACGAAACUAAUGCUGCACCAAGAAAACGGCGUAUAGCUAUAUUAAAAGCAAGAGGUCGAAUACCAGAAGCCAUUAAAGAGCUUACAGAAUAUUUGAAAAAAUUUAUGAGCGAUCAAGAAGCCUGGCACGAGUUAUGCGAUCUAUACCUGCAAGAACAAGAAUAUUCAAAAGCUGCAUUUUGUAUGGAAGAACUUAUAUUAUAUAAUCCACACAGUCAUCUAAUUUACCAAAGAUAUGCAGAAAUAAAAUAUUCUCAGGGUGGAUUUGACAAUAUGGAAUUAGCUAAAGCUUACUUUUGUCAAGCCGCAAAAUUAAAUCCAAAUAAUAUCCGAGCCCUUUACGGUUUAUUAUUGGCAACAAAUAAUAUUGCUACUUCUCCUAAAUGCCCUUCAUCUAAGAAAAAAGAUGCUAUAAAAUUAAGCGAAUGGGCAGCUAAUCAAAUUGAAAAGCAAUAUCAAUCAAAAGUUUCAGAUGAACAAAUUAAAACAGUGGAAGGAUUACUAGGACAAUUGCAACUUGAUGUUUAGAUAUGCAAAUUUAUAUGUAUGUAUAUGUUUAAAUAUUGUAACAUAUGUAAAUGUACCAUUCAUUCCUCACAAUUUAUAUACAAAUGCAAUUUAUUGUGAUUAAUUGAAACAUAUUUACAUAAUCAUCCUAUGAAUGGUGAAGCAAACUAAUACAAAUGUAUUGAAAUAUUUGCUACGUAAAAUAUAGCAUAAUUUAUUAGUUAAAUAAUUGAUGAAAUCCAAUUGGAGAACACUUUAUUGUAGGAAACAAUAUUAGACCAUAAGACAGACAACUUUAUAACUUUGUAACAGUUAUAAUUUAAUAGAACUACUGAGGAUCAGUUCAAAAUA